AUGGUUUCCAAUCUACAAACUAAAGCCUUGACUACAACAGAUGGGCUGAAGUACACUUACGAUACCGUACCAGCAAAGGAUAACAAGGCAACCGUUCUUCUCAUCCACGGUUACCCCGCCACACGUCAUGAUUGGAAGUACCAAAUCCAAGACCUCUCCGCAGCAGGUUAUGGUGUUGUCGCACCAGACUGUCUCGGAUAUGGAGACAGCGACAAACCAUUGGAAGUCGAAGCCUACAACCUCAAAAAAAUAAGCAAGCACAUAACAGAAAUCCUCGACAAAGAAGGGCUCAACAAGGUCAUUGGACUUGGCCAUGAUUGGGGAGCUGGUGUUCUGUCCCGUCUGGCUGUCUGGCACCCCGAUCGAUUUGAGAAGCUGGCGUUUCUCUCGACCGGAUAUAACCCGCCUGGAAUUCCGAUGGAUGUUGAUGCUAUUAACGCGAACGGCCUGAAACACUUUGGAAAGAUGCCGUUUGGCUACUGGUAUUUCUUCAACACGCUCGAUGCCCCAAGCCUAGCCGCAUCGCAUCUCGAAUCAUUCUUCAGCCUGGUGUUCCCGACUGAAAAUCUCAAGUGGAUCGAUAAUCUCGGUGCUUUGGGCUCAGCCCGGACAUGGCUCAACAGCAACAUCAUAACUCCGUUACCAAAGUACAUGACCGAGGAAGAUAGAGAGGAUUGGCUCGCAGAGUUCAGCAAGCCAAACGCGACGGUAGGGUCAAUGAACUACUACAAGGCUCUUCUCCGCGGCGUCAAUGUCGAGGAUGAGGCUGGCUUGACUGAUGAAGAUCGCACUCUGCGAGUUCCUGUACUCACGAUUGGUGGCACCCAGGAUACAAUUGCGCGACCCGAGUACCAGAGGAUGAACACGGAGCCGUUUGCCGCUGCCGGGUACACUGACAAGGCUGUGGAUGCGGGUCAUUGGAUGAUGUACGAGGACCGGGAGGGCGUGAAGAAGGCUUUGCUUGAGUUUAUUCAGGAAUAA